AUGUUGACGCCCGACCCCGCCGCGCAGACAGCCAUCCCGCUGCCCCGCCGCGCAGACGCCGAACGCAGCCGCUCGCGAUCACGUACGCGCGCCAUCCCGACCCCCUCGCGGCCGCGGUGGGCCGACGGUGCGACUGAAGGUGUCGACACUGGCGUAGUCGACAUCGAGGACGUGCGGCCCCAUACGAACCCCGAGGGCAAGGUGUGCACCGGCACAUGCGGGAACCGGGGCAAGCCGGGCCACUGUGGAUACGAGGAGGGGGCAUCGGAGGCUGCGCUGCCUGAGAGCACUGCGCCUGCUGCGUCGACGGAGACGGAGACGAAGGAAUAG